GCGACUUCCCAAAGUAGUACUUUUUUCGCGUGGGUUAAUUCACCGCGGAACCAAUUAAUAAGUUCGUUUGCCUGGGAAGACUUUCACCCAAACACUACAUCACAUAGGCUGAUGCAAGUUGAAUGAGUGAGCUGUCCACUGCGUGUGAAGAAUACUGACGAAGAUGACAGACUGUCAAGGCGAUGGCGAAGGAACCAUGAGUCCCAUGGAGCUUUUCGAGAAACUGAAUGCUCAAGGAGAAAAAGUCAGAUCCUUGAAAUCGGCUAAAGCAGAAAAAGCUGAAAUCGAUGCUGCUGUCCAGCUGCUGCUAAAGUUGAAAGUGGACUAUAAACAGAUGACGGGCCAAGAUUAUAAAGCAGGAUGUCCACCAUCAGAAAACCUGAUUGUGUCAAACAAUGGGCCUGCAGCAGAUGACUGUGAUGGAGAAGACUUAGUUGACCCGUGGAAUGUUUCUGCCUCCAGCACCAAAGGAGUAGAUUAUGAUAAACUCAUAGUGAGGUUUGGCAGCAGUAAAAUUGAUAAGGAGCUGUUGGAAAGAAUAGAAAAAGUCUCGGGACAGAGAGCCCAUCACUUCCUAAGAAGAGGAAUCUUCUUCUCACACAGAGAUAUGCAUCAGAUCUUAGAUGCGUAUGAAAAGCACAAGUCCUUCUACCUUUACACCGGCAGAGGUCCGUCCUCAGAGGCCAUGCACGUUGGUCACCUCAUCCCUUUCAUCUUUACCAAAUGGCUUCAGGAUGUGUUUGACAUCCCCCUCGUGAUCCAGAUGACCGAUGACGAGAAAUACCUGUGGAAAGAUCUCACACUUGAGGAAUGCCAUCGCUUCACUGUGGAAAAUGCCAAGGACAUCAUCGCCUGUGGCUUUGAUGUCAACAAGACCUUCAUCUUCUCAGACCUUGACUACAUGGGUGCAUCGCCUCAGUUCUACAGAAAUGUGGUAAAGGUCCAGAAGCAUGUGACAUUUAACCAGGUUAAAGGCAUCUUUGGCUUCACAGACAGCGACUGCAUUGGAAAGAUCAGUUUUCCAGCCAUCCAGGCAGCUCCGUCCUUCAGUAGCUCAUUCCCGCAGAUAUUCGGCGGCAAAAAAGAUGUACCGUGUCUCAUUCCCUGUGCCAUAGACCAGGACCCCUACUUCAGGAUGACCCGUGAUGUCGCUCCAAGGAUCGGCCUCCUCAAACCAGCCCUGCUGCACUCCACUUUCUUCCCUGCCCUGCAGGGGGCGCAGACUAAGAUGAGCGCCAGCGACCCCAACUCAUCUAUCUUCCUCACUGACACACCCAAGCAGAUCAAAAACAAGGUUAACAAACAUGCAUUUUCGGGAGGAAAAGACACAGUGGAAGAGCACAGAAAGUAUGGUGGCAACACAGAGGUGGAUGUCUCUUUCUUGUACCUGACCUUCUUCCUGGAGGAUGAUGAAAAGCUGGAGAAGAUAAAAGAGGACUACACAAGUGGGGCUCUAUUAACAGGAGAACUGAAGAAGAUUUUGAUUGAGACUCUGCAGCCAAUGAUUGCCCAGCAUCAAGAGAGGCGAAAACAAGUCACAGAUGAGAUGGUGCAGCAGUUCAUGACACCUAGACCUUUAAAUUUUAAGUUCUAGCUUGCUUGGGCAUGAGCAGUCAGGGUUCACCAUGUGGUUAAGCUCAGUAUAAGAACAAAAAAAGAAUCCCGCUUUUUUUCCAUUUGAUGUCUUUUUAAUGGGAAAGAAGGACAAUUUCUCUUACAGUUUACAACCAAACUGGAGGUAAAAAAGAAACAAAAAGAAAAAUAGUAAAUAUAAAUCACUGGAGUGAUGAAAUGCCUCUCUGUGUCAAACUAAGCAUGGCAUUGCCUGCACCUUCAUGCUAAUUCCCAUUUGAUUAUUGACUUCCAGCACUACCAAAUGUACCCAUUUAUUUUCACAAUGUGUUACAGCUCUCUCAGGACUGGAAGACGAUAAAAACAGAGUACUAACACAUAUCUCUAAAAACCGAACUACUAUCAUCAGUUAAGAUAUACAUCCACUUUGUCUUUAUUUACUUAAAAACAGCCUUCUGAACAAUAAUUGUAACUGUGUGAUUAUCAAAAGCGGUUGUGUUGUAACUUGUAAUCAGGAUCAGGCAGCAUGUGAGGUGUAUUAUAAAAAGUCCAUCUUAUGAAUACACCUCAGUUUAAACAUACAUCACAAGUAGGAUGUAAGUGUCUCAGUCAUGGGAACCGAAGCAAAUGUUUGUUGUUAUCAGCAAGAGGGACGUCAGUCAAGGAAGGUAGAAAAUCUUCAUCCAGCUUAUUCUCACACAAAAAUAUUAAACGUCUUUAACAACAGCAUCUUUUGAAAUAAUUUUUUAUUUGAAAAUGUUUUAAUUAGAAGUAAAGCCAUGAUUUUUGCUUUU